GCUCCAUCUUCUCUCCCAGGGGUCUCAAUUUUUCAUUUACAAUCCACUCCACUGCAUGCCAGUGAGUGCGCCGUUUGAAGUGCCAGAGUGUGUGUGUGUGUGUGUGCGUGUGUGUGAGCAGUGCACGGCGUGGAGCAGAGCAGAGAGCCAACAGCUCCGGGAAGGCGGUGGAGUGGAGUGGAGUGCCCUGCCUCCUCUCGACGCUUUACACACAUGCAUCUGAAAGGCAUCAGCAUUUCUGGAUCGGCGCUCAGACAACAACUCCGUGGAGCUCGAGGAGUUUUUUUCUUGCUGAAUACAUUGACAAAAGAGAUUACGUGGCUCUGAGUAAACGGAAUCAUCAGACUUCGUGGUCAUCACAGUCAAAUUAAGUUCUACAAAGUUUUAAACUAGGUUAUCUCAACCUGGAUCUGGAGGAGCUGCUUUCCUAUAGGUAGCGACCAAGAGACGAAGACACCGUUUUGGAGGCAAUGACUAUCUUGAGUUUGCCUUAAGAUAUAUGCAAGGAGGAACCGUUUGGUUAGCAUAAUACACUUGCCAUUUUUUUUAUCGUAUUUGCGUCAUGACUUCUAGCUAUGCACAUGUAAUGGACAGACAAGCAACCAUAUCCAGCAGACUGGAGAGUCCCAUUACAGCCAACCUGGAAAACCUGCAAGCCAAAAAGAACUUCUCGGUGAGCCACCUGUUGGAUCUAGAGGAGGCAAGAGAAAUGGUCGGUUCUCAGGCGGAUGAAAGUGUUGGCGAAACGGGCAGGACUAUGCUGGAAUCUCCGGGUUUAACGAGUGGCAGUGAUACAACACAACAGGAGAAUGAGCAGCUGAACUCAGAAGAAAAGAAAAAGCGGAAACAGCGGAGGAAUAGAACCACGUUCAACAGCAGCCAGCUGCAGGCGCUGGAGCGAGUGUUUGAGCGGACACACUACCCAGAUGCCUUUGUUAGAGAGGACUUGGCACGUAGGGUCAAUCUCACUGAGGCUAGAGUUCAGGUGUGGUUCCAAAAUAGACGGGCAAAGUUUCGGCGUAAUGAGCGGGCGAUGCUGGCCAGUAAGAACGCUUCACUUCUUAAAUCCUACUCAGGAGACGUAACAGCAGUGGAGCAGCCUAUCGUCCCCCGUCCCGCACCACGUCCAAAUGACUACCUAUCCUGGGGAAGCGCAGCCCCAUACAGCACCAUGGCAACCUACUCACCCACUUGUGCCAACACCACUUCCACCCAGGGAAUGAAUAUGGCCAAUAGCAUUGCUAAUCUGAGACUGAAGGCCAAAGAAUACAACCUCAAUCAGGUGCCUACUGUCAACUAAGCCUGAAAAGAGGGAUGGAAUGAGGGGACGUAGAAAAGUAAGACACACUGAGAAGAGAAGAACUCAGAAGAGCUGGAUUGGUUUACCGGUAACAGUGAUUUUUUUUGGCCUUCUGCAGUGUCAGAGCAGAGUGGAUGUGACUUUUGGCCCCCUCCUUAAACAAUGGAAUUGUGUUGUUGUCCCUCUCAAUUGGCUUUUUUCUUCAUCACAGAUGAAGGUACGUUUUUGAGAAACUCAAUCUCAUUUUGUACUGAUAUGAAGAUUGUAAAGACAGCACAUGUUCUGCUUUUUGGAGAUCAAGUCAACGAGCAGGGCUCCGCUAAAUCACUAAGAAGUGGCAGACGAAGCGCCUGGAUGCUGUAUGCUGUUCUUUCCAUGUUCUAUUUGGCUUUAUUUUGGGUCAUCCGGAUGGAAAGUAAAGAAACUUUCAAGGCACACAAUGGAGGACUGUUGUGCGCCAUUCACCACUGAAUGGUUUAAAUUACACCAGAAUUUUAAUGCGGAGAUUUGGCAACAAAGUGGCUCAAAAUGUCUCCAUGUCUGCCUUUGCUAAAAUAAAGACACAGUUGUGGACUUUAAUCAGUAGAUGAGAUGCUUAAAAUUGUCAGUGCUAACGGAAGCAUUGGGGCCAGAUUACUUAUUUUAAGGACUGAAUAUUACACCACUCUUUAAGGUUAAUACGGUUCCCCAUGGUGACAUGUAUCUGCUCACAGUACACAAUUAUGUUUCAGUUUUACCACAGGUGACUUUUUUCAUAUAUUUUAUUUUCUUCUUAUAUUUGGAAACUAUAUAGUAAUAAAACAUUUUCAAGAAAUAAA